CUAUAAAAUGCUUUCUAUAAAAUGGGUGUCCAUACACCAUAUGGUUUCAUUCUCCACCAAGUGACUCGAAUAAUCUACUUCCAUGGCCAAACUAACAUUCCAAAUCUUCACCAUCUCCAUUCUCCUCUUCCUCAUAGCUUUUCCGGCGACCGGAGAAGAAGAACACAUGUUUGGAAAAUCCAUAAAUAGAAAGUCUAUGACGCUGAAAAAGGAAAAACUCAGCCAUUUCAGAUUCUUUUGGCAUGAUGUCCUAAGUGGCUCCAAACCAACAUCUAUGAUGGUUAUUCCACCUCCCAAAAACACCAGUAGUUUUGGCCAGAUGAAUAUGAUAGAUAAUGCACUAACCCUAGGACCCAAGUUGAGUUCCAAGAUUGUUGGAAGGGCACAAGGGUUUUAUGCUUCUGCUUCCCAAAAUGAUGUUGGUUUAAUGAUGGUCAUGAACUUUGCAUUUAUUGAAGGAAAAUAUAAUGGAAGUACAUUUACUAUACUUGGACGGAAUCUGGUCUUCGAAAAGGUGAGAGAGAUGGCGAUUAUUGGUGGCAGUGGGCUUUUCCGAUUUGCUAGAGGAUAUGUUCAGGCCAGUACUCAUUCAUGGGAUUUCAAAACUGGUGAUGCUACUGUUCAGUAUGAUGCUUAUGUGUUGCAUUAUUGAGGUUGAGUAAUUGCGUCCACCGUCCCAAUUUAUGUGACUUUUUGAAUUUCGAGAAUCAAAUUAAAUUUUUUCACAUGUAUUUUAAUUAUUUUGAAUUAUUAAUUAUUGUAUCUUAUAUUAGUACUUUUUAGCUA